UGGCUCUUCAAAUAAUGAUUUAAAGAGUAUAUUUUUGAAAAGCUAUUGAAAACGCUCUAACUGAAAUUCCAAUAUUGCCAAAUCACGUGCUCGGGGAAAAAAAAUUGCUUACAAUUACAAGGAAGAGCAUAUCGGUCCUAUCUAUAUAUUCCCCAUUUGCCCCAGUACCCCACCUCGACAGUCAUCUCCUCUCAUCAUCGCGCAAAAUCCGUGCGCAGCCGCGACGUUGCCCACCGCCGCCAUCCGAUCCUCCUUCCUCGACUAAUCGUCUGCGACAAUGGCCACAGCUGCCGGUGGAGCCAUCGCCGGUCCGACGGCUUUGUCGCGCCGUCGGCUGCUGCUCCUGACGGCGAACUACGUCGCGCUGCUGGUGGGCUCCGUCGCGUCGAGCCUGCUGUCCAGGUUCUACUUCGCGCACGGCGGGCGCAACCGGUGGGUGGUGACGCUGGUGCAGUCGGCGGGCUUCCCGCUGCUGGUGGUCGCCGUCCUCGUCGCCCGCCGCCCAGCCGCCGCGCCGCGCCCGUUCACGUGGUUCUCGAGGCGGUUCCUCACGGCAUGCCUCGUCAUCGGCGCGCUCAUGGGCGCCAACAACCUGCUGUUCUCGUACAGCACGUCGUUCCUGCCGGUGUCGACGUCGUCGCUGCUGCUGUCGACGCAGCUGGCGUUCACGCUCGUGCUGGCCGCCAUCAUCGUCCGCCACCCGCUCACCUUCGUCAACCUCAAUGCCGUCGUCCUCCUGACCAUCAGCUCCGUGCUCCUGGCGCUCCGCUCGGGGGACUCCGGCGAGAACCCCGAGGGGGGCAGCGCGGCGCACUACUUCGUCGGCUACGUGGUCACGCUGGGCGCGGCGGGGCUGUUCGCCGCGUACCUGCCCGUCAUGGAGCUCCUGUACCGCAAGGCGGUGUCCGGCGGGUUCAUCCUGGCCGUGGAGGUGCAGGUGGCGAUGCAGGCCAUGGCCACGGCGGUGGCCGCGGUCGGGUUGGCGGCGGCGGGAGGGGCCCGCGAUGAUGUGGCGCGCUGGAAGGGCUCGGCGGCGCUGUACUGGGUGGUGGUGCUGACGCUCGUGCUGACGUGGCAGGCGUGCUUCAUGGGCACGGCCGGUGUGAUCUACCUGACCUCGUCGCUCCACAGCGGGGUGUGCAUGGCCGCCGUGCUCACGGCGAACGUGCUGGGCGGCGUCGUGGUGUUCGGCGACCCGUUCGGCGCCGAGAAGGGCAUCGCCACCGCGCUCUGCGCCUGGGGCCUCGCCUCCUACCUCUACGGCGAGUACACCAAGAUGAAGAAGGAGGUGGCCGCCGUCGCCGACACGUCCGCCGCCGACGCCGACAGCGUCCGGAAGAGCCUCACAGCAAGCGGUGGCCCCGGAGACGAGCUUGAAGCCGUCUGAAAACAAACAAAACAAACGAACUAAAGGCCACAGGAGCAUGAACCGUGUGAUCAGGGAAGAAGCAAGAAUUGCAGCUGAAAAGGUGUAGGUGCAGUGGUUGAGUCAUGUUAGAUCGACGAUGGAGUAGGACAAGAAGGGGCCGGGUGUGCAAGUAACCCAACUUGAAACUGAUCGGCAGCUCUUGUGGCUGCUAGCGCUACAAGCUAGCUAGUGAGGUUUCGCUGCUUUAAAUGAUAGAGGUUUAAUGUAGUAUGGAUGGGUAGAAUACAUGAUGUAAAACCAGCUGUUGUUCCA